GCCCGUGCGGGCCGCGCGAGGACGUUUUACGUAACCCAGGGCGAAGGGCGGGCACGCGCACGGUACGUGGGGGAGGCGGAGCCGGAGCUCGGCGGUGGCGGCGGCAGCACUGGUGGCAUGUGAGGGGCUCUCUUGCCAAGAAGGCAGCUCACAGCUCAGGGGCCCUCACAGGGGCAGAGGCACUGUCCUUUUCCGCAAGGACUCCAGCAUGGGUGGAUGCCAGAGGUCUCUGGAAUGAUAUUUAUUACAGGCGGCAGGAGAGGCUCCGAACUAGUGGUGGCAAAGACAGUAGCUCCGCACGUGGCAGGCUCCUAGAAAUACCGAUUUUUCCAGAGGUCCUCCAAUGCGGAAUCAGGAAUGGACCCCACCUCACCCCUAUGAAAAGACCUCUCCUUGUUCCUUCCUCAACAAGCCAAAGGGAAUUCCACUGUCUGGCCGCGCAGGAGUCACCCUGCAACAAGACUUGUUUGGUGGGCCACAGGGGGAAUCCCCGUUCACACAGCUGCCUUGUUACACUGCCACUCGCAAACCCUCUAAGAACCCACGCUCCAUGUUCCAGCCACGCUGAGCCCCAGAGACCAAGCUGCUCAGUCUCGCCUGACCGUUCUCUCGUCUGGUUCCCUCGCAUUCCUCCUCCUGCGGGCUGCUAGGAAAGGAUGUGAACUUUGGAAUGGAGUCUGUGACCUGCUGGGGACUCGGAGCAUGCAUGGGACUGUUGCUGUUUAGCAGGAGGACUGGCUGAUCGCUGUGGACAGCCCUUCUCUCCUGGCCCCAGGGUCGCAGGGCGUUGGCCUUGCCUGGACCCUCCAUCAUGUUCCUCCUGCUCCCCUUUGACAGCCUGGUUGUUAACCUGCUGGGGAUCUCCCUGACCGUCCUCUUCACACUGCUUCUGGUUUUCAUCAUUGUGCCAGCCAUUUUUGGGGUUUCCUUUGGCAUCCGCAGGAUUUAUAUGAAAACACUCUUAAAGAUUUUCCGGUGGGCGACGCUGAGGAUAGAGCGUGGUGCCAAGGAGAAGAACCACCCACUGUACAAGCCCUAUGUAAAUGGUAUCAUUGCAAAGGAGCCCACAUCCCUGGAGGAGGAGAUUAAAGAGAUCCGUCGGAGCGGCAGCAGCAAAGCCCUGGACACACCUGAGUUUGAGCUCUCUGACAUCUUCUACUUCUGCCGCAAGGGCAUUGAGACCAUCAUGGACGACGAGGUGACCAAGCGGUUCUCAGCUGAGGAGCUGGAGUCUUGGAACCUGCUCAGCCGGACCAAUUACAACUUCCAGUACAUCAGCCUGCGCCUCACUGUGCUGUGGGGGCUGGGUGUGCUCAUCCGGUACUGCUUCCUGCUGCCACUCAGGAUUGCCCUGGCCUUCACAGGCAUCAGCUUGUUGGUGGUUGGCACCACAGUGGUGGGAUAUUUGCCCAGUGGAAGGUGGAAGGAGUUCCUGAGCAAACACGUUCACCUGAUGUGUUACCGAAUCUGUGUGCGUGCCCUCACCGCCAUCAUCACCUACCAUGACCAGGAAAACAGACCCCGAAAUGGAGGCAUCUGCGUGGCUAAUCAUACCUCCCCCAUUGACGUGAUCAUCCUGGCCAGCGAUGGCUACUACGCUAUGGUGGGUCAGAUCCAUGGCGGGCUCAUGGGCGUGAUCCAGAGGGCCGUGGUGAAGGCGUGUCCCCAUGUCUGGUUCGAACGCUCUGAGGUCAAGGAUCGCCAUCUUGUGGCCAAAAGGCUGACAGAGCAUGUCCAGGACAAGAGCAAACUGCCCAUCCUCAUCUUCCCAGAAGGCACCUGCAUCAACAACACGUCUGUGAUGAUGUUCAAGAAGGGAAGCUUUGAAAUUGGAGCCACAGUCUACCCGGUAGCCAUCAAGUAUGACCCACAGUUUGGAGAUGCCUUUUGGAACAGCAGCAAGUACGGAAUGGUGACCUACCUGCUGAGGAUGAUGACCAGCUGGGCCAUCGUCUGCAGCGUCUGGUACCUGCCACCCAUGACCAGGGAGCCUGAAGAGGAUGCUGUCCAGUUUGCCAACCGGGUGAAGUCAGCAAUUGCCAGGCAGGGAGGCCUUGUGGAUCUGCUGUGGGAUGGGGGCCUGAAGAGGGAGAAAGUGAAGGACACGUUCAAGGAGGAGCAGCAGAAACUCUACAGCAAGACGAUUGUUGGCAACCAUGAGGACCGGAGCCGCUCCUGAGCUCUCUGCCUGCACGCUGUCCCCGGGCCCAUCUGGAGUGCUCUCCCCGGGUCCCUUUGGAGCCACGUUGUAUCCUGGGACUCAGGCUGCUCCAGAGCUGCUCAGCCCACUCCUCCAUCCUCUGGCUCUGCCCCAGAGACACUGUGCUGCCUGGAGCCUGCAGGCCCCGAGUGGCUGCUGGCAAAGAUGCCUUCUCGUUACUGUUACAGCUCAGCCCGUUGCAGGGCCAGCAUUAAAUGGAACACUGACA